UUUUCUUUUUUUAAUCAGAGCAUAAUAGACUCUAUAUAUUUAUAUCCCUCACUCUCUGGGUCAUCAUCAAUUCUCUAACUCAGCCCUUCCUUCCGUAUCGGCCAGCACCCUUCAAUAUUCCAAAUGUGCAUAGUGGCGUUUCUUUGGCAAGCCCACCCACUCUACCCUUUGAUCCUCUUGAACAACAGAGACGAGUACCACAACAGGGCGACGAAGGCAGCGUCAUGGUGGGAAGAUUCGGAAACAGAGAUCCUGGGAGGAAGAGACGAGUUGGGGGGAGGGACAUGGCUGGGUUGUUGCAGAGACGGAAGAAUCGCUUUUCUUACUAACGUCUUGGAACCUCACACUAGUCCUCGUGCCAGAACCCGGGGCGAGCUUCCCCUUCUGUUUCUCAAGAGCAGAAAGAGCCCGAGGGAAUUUGCAGAAGAGCUAAAGACAGAAGGAGAGUAUUACAACGGCUUCAACUUGGUGGUGGGAGACAUAGAGACGAAAUCCAUGGUUUAUAUGAGCAACAGGGGACCAAAAGCAGAGGCUGGCAAGUUCUACAUACAGGAGGUGAAGCCGGGCCUCCAUGUUCUGUGUAACGCUCAGCUAGACUCGCCUUGGCACAAGUCUGAGAGGCUUCGUGUGCGGUUCCAACAAGAGCUUGCCAAGUACGGGGAAAAACCAGUUUCACUCAGCCACAUUGCUGGUGCUAUUAUGAAGGACUCUGUUAAAUCCCCACCUGCCCUCCUCCCUCACAUCUGCUCUCCUGACUGGGAACUUUCCUUGAGCCCCAUUUUUGUCCAUUGCCAAACCGCACUGGGUGUUUAUGGGACUCGGAGCAUCACUGCCCUGUCUGUAACAUGGAGUGGGGAAGUCAGCUUUUAUGAGAUGUAUCUGGAUGUGGGUAGCACCAACGCCUGGAAGGAUCAUCUUUUCACUUUCUAUAUCCAGCACUGAUGAUGAUGAUGAUGAUGAUCCCCCAUAUUAAUAUUUCAUACUCCUUGUGGCAUUUUACGCAAUAAUUUGGGAUUCAUCAUUGUACUUUUAUGUAAAAAUUGUUCAAGUUCAAGGAGUAUUUGAACUUGGACAGUUGGGAGAUUUGUGAUGAUAUUGUUAUGAAAAUAAAGAACACCGUUGGUUCAAUAUAAGACACAAACUCUCCUGGUUGGUGUUUUAAAAGGUUAGAAAUAAAAGGAAGACGUCCUCUGAUGCAAUUGCACCGCAUGAUAUGGUGCUAUUGCC